AUGUCCUACCCGCAGGGCUACCUGUACCAGGCGCCCGGCUCGCUGGCGCUCUACUCCUGCCCGGCGUACGGCGCCUCGGCCCUAGCGGCGCCGCGGAGCGAGGAGCUGGCGCGCUCGGCGUCGGGCUCGGCGUUCAGCCCCUACCCGGGCUCGGCGGCCUUCACGGCGCAGGCGGCCACCGGCUUCGGCAGCCCGCUGCAGUACUCGGCCGACGCGGCCGCCGGCUUCCCCACCUACAUGGGCGCGCACUACGACGCGCACGCCACGGGCAUGACGGGAGCCAUCGGCUACCAUCCCUACGGCAGCGCGGCCUACCCGUACCAGCUCAACGAUCCCGCGUACCGCAAGAACGCCACGCGCGACGCCACGGCCACGCUGAAGGCCUGGCUGCAGGAGCACCGCAAGAACCCCUACCCCACCAAGGGCGAGAAGAUCAUGCUGGCCAUCAUCACCAAGAUGACCCUCACGCAGGUGUCCACCUGGUUCGCCAACGCGCGCCGGCGCCUCAAGAAGGAGAACAAGAUGACGUGGGCCCCACGGAACAAGAGCGAAGACGAGGACGAGGAGGACGGCGACGCAGCGCGCGCCAAGGAGGAGAGCGGGGACAAGGCGCCCGAUGGCACCGAGACCUCAGCGGAGGACGAAGGGAUCAGCCUGCAAGUGGACUCACUCACCGAUCACUCUUGCUCGGCCGCCGAGUCGGAUGGGGAGAAGCUACCCGGCCGCGCCCGCGCCGGGGACCCGCUGUGUGAGUCGGGCUCCGAAUGCAAAGAUAAGUACGACGAGCUGGAGGACGACGAGGACGACGAAGACGCGGCCGAGCGGGACCUGGCGCCGCCCAAGCCCGUCACCUCGUCGCCGCUGACGGGCGUGGAGGCGCCGCUGCUGAGCCCCGCGCCCGAGGCCGUGCCACGCGGCAUCGGCGUGGGCGGCGGUGGCGGAGGCGGGAAGCCGCUGCUGGGCAGCCGGACGUCUCCGGGCGCGCCACCGCCGGUCCACAAGCCCAAGCUGUGGUCUCUGGCCGAGAUCGCCACGUCGGACCUCAAGCAGCCCAGCCUGGGGCCCGCCUGUGCGCCGCCGGGCCUGCCCACGGCCGCCGCGCCCGCCUCCAACGGGGCCCCGCCGGGCGGCUCGCCCUACCCCGCGUCCCCGCUGCUCGGCCGGCACCUCUACUACACGGCGCCCUUCUACGGCAGCUACACGAACUACGGGAACCUGAACGCCGCGCUGCCCGGCCAGGGCCUGCUGCGAUACAGCUCGGCACCGGCAGACGCCCUGCACGUCGCGCCCAAGGCGGCCAGCGACGCGGGCAAGGCUGGCGCGCACCCCCUGGGCUCCCACUACCGGUCCCCCGGCGGCGGCUACGAGCCCAAGAAAGAUGCCGGUGAGGGCUGCCCAGUGGUGGACGGGGGAGCACAGCCCUACUUAUAAGAGGGCAGGCUCCGCUUUCAAGUAGGUGUCACAAUUGCUUUGGAAAGAAAAAGUCAGCUGGCUGGCCCCCUCCCCAAGCCCUGCCCUGUGACCAGACCUAACGGACACUCACUCGCGUUGGAUCUUGUGAUUUGUGGCCUAGUGUAGCUCCCCUUGUAUGUGUGAGUCUGGCAAACGAUCUUUUCUCAGGAUACCUCGGUCCCUCCAUUGCCACGGAAUAUACAUGCGCAUAUAAAUAUAUAUAAAUAUAUAUAUAUAUAUAUCUAUUCUGCAGGCGUGCUAGGAGUCCCGUGUACCGUCCGUCGUACACAGGCAGUAGACACAGUAUGUCUCUGAAGGACUUGAGGACUUGAGUGGAAACAAAUUUGAUAUUUAUUUUUAUAAUGAUAUAAAGGCUUCUAGUAAUUUAUGCAAGUUAUAUUGCAACGGAAUCUAAACUUUUUUGUAAAUAAAUUCUGCCUGAUUUUUAUUUGAACAGUGCUGGUUAGACAAUCUUUGGCGGUUGUUUAACGAGAAUUCUUUACUAAUUUAUAUCGUAAAUUGUAAAUAAAAGACAGACUAGUCUAAAUGA